GCAAACUAAUGAUGUGCCAAACGUCAUGCAUGUCUCCAUACUCGUCACAUAAAACAGAAGUAUGCAAACCAGAAGCCUCAAACAGCAACACCACAUUCAGGUUUGGUGUUGACUAACAAAGAAUUUUCAAAGUUUUAUGACUAUAUAGAGUUUCCUACCGAAAGCCAAUGAUGUCCAACAACAGCAGUGAUUUUGACACAACACUCAGCAUCACCCCAUCAACUGACUAUCCUGAGUUUGUGAUUGAUGGAAUAUUAUGUGAAUACGGAGCCCAUGCAAGUCAUUUUCUCCCGGUUCUCUACUCUCUGUUCUUCGUGAUCGGCUUCCUGGGCAACAUGCUGGUGUUGUGGGUGAUCCUGAUAGGAGCUCAGAUGAAAAGCAUGACUGAUGUGUCUCUCCUGAACCUGGCCAUCGCUGACCUUCUUCUCAUCUUCACUCUUCCCUUCCUGGCUCACCAUGCUAGAGAUACCUGGAUCUUUGGUAAUGCCAUGUGCUGGCUGGUCCUCUGUGUGUACUACAUCGGAUUUUACGCAGGAAUUUUCUUUAUCGUGUUGAUGAGCAUCGACAGAUACUUGGCUAUCGUCCAUGCUGUGUUUGCCUUGAGAAUCCGCACAAAGGCUUAUGGGAUUGUAGCUAGUGUUGUCAUCUGGAUUCUAGCCAUUAUAGCAUCAUUUCCUGAGCUACUGUUCCUUGGAGUAGAAACUUACGGGACUGAUGUAGCGUGCAACGCUUAUCCGAAAAAUGGAAGUCACAAUGUGAUAAGAAGUGCAGCUUUCUUUAAAAUGAACAUUUUGGGUCUGCUGAUUCCACUGAUUAUUGUAGUAUAUUGCUACUCGAUGGUGCUCCAGAGGCUUCAGUCCCUUCGUACAUCAAAGAAACUGGCCGUACGUCUUGUCGUCACGGUCAUAGUGGCCUUCUUCUGCUGUUGGAUACCGUACAACAUUGCAGCAUUCCUCAAAGCACUGGAGCUGAGGGAAAUUUUCAACGUGAGCUCACCCGAACAACAAUGUGAGCUUAGCCAAAAAAUCCAGCUGAUGCUGCAAAUCACCGAAGCUAUGGCAUACUCGCACUGCUGCCUCAAUCCGUUCCUCUACGUGUUUGUUGGGGAAAAGUUCAGGAGGCACCUCGCCAGACUCCUUCUCCGGACACCAUGCAUCAAAGUGCAGUGCAUAAAGUACUGCAUGACCCAGACCGCAUCCUCUGUGUAUUCACAGACCACAAGUUUAGAAGAACGCUCAGCUGGCAUAUGAAUGAUGGAGGAGCAUGAAAUAUUUUUUUUUUCUUUUCAGCUUAGCAUUAAAAUUUGAUUUGAUUUGAUGGACAUUCAGUUUAUAUGUACUAGUAAAAAUGAGAAUUUCUAUUUGCAGGUGUUAUAUAUCACUGCAUUUAAGUAAAUAAGGAGUAAAAUAAUAAAUGGAGAGUAAUUAUAUUUUAGAUCAACCCUCUUGGACAUUUCACAAACACUACCCUUACUGUGUACUUCUGUGGCUGAAAACGUCCACUAAAUUAAUGUUAUAUAAAAUUAUAUCAGAUUAAUAUUUUUUCACAUUUUCCUACAUGAAUCUGUUAAUCAACCUCAGUUCUAAUCAAUAAUACUCAAUCAAAAAAAAACUACUAAAUAAUAAUUAAAUAAAAAUAAUUACCUUUUAAAUACUAAUUUGCAUACGUCGUUAAUUUGCAUGUGUGUGUUGUGCACACUAUAGUAUGCUGAUAUUGUAAACUCAAUAAGUAAAAAAACUCAAUGUAAAAAGCCUGAAAAUAGCACAGACCUGUGUAAUGGGGUUACAGUAUGGUGCCACCUUUUCAGUCAACAGUAAAUAGUCAUAGCCAUGCACUGGAAAAUUGUGGUUAUAAUGGCACUCAAUUUUGGCACUCAAAAAAUGACGAAAAGUAAUUGAGGGAGAAAAAUUAAAAUCUGCACAAAAACUAAAAAUGCAUAAAGGCGAAGGUUGCUAAUAAUCUUUGAUAUAUCCAAGACUGAUAAAAGGUUAAAAAAAUCCAGUUUACUUUUUUUAUAUUAAAAAUAAGUAAUUUUGUGUGUAAGUAAUAAGUAAUUUAUAUUUAAUUGGGUAAUAAAAAGUAACAAAAAUAUAUUUUUAAAAAUAUAUAGUAGUUUUGAUUAGAACUGCGGUUGAUUAACAGCUUUAUGCAAAAAAAAAAAUAAUAAUAAUGUAACAGUAUUAAUCUGAUAUAUUUUUAUGUAAGUUUAUUUCAGUGGAGGUUUCCAGCCACAAAUUACAUGUAAGGGUGUACAAUUUGAAUACAGAAAAUUAUAGACCUGGUAAAAAAAAAAAAUUAAAUCAUCUGUCCAAAGUAUGUUAUAUAAAACAUUUUGUGCCAAGGAAAUCCUUCCUCUGGGGGGAAACUAUGCCCCCUAUCGAAAACAUCCUGAAGUGUCCAUAAGGGCUAAAGCAUGGAUUGCACUUGAAGUUCGAUGCAAGAUUGCUUUUGAUGGAUUGAAGCAUUGUUCGUGCAUUUCCUCAGAAAUUAUCAACAUAAAUUGUGUGGACAGUAAACCUCCACAUGACUAAAUCUCACAAUUAUAUACUAUUCAACACAUUUAUUGAGUACAAAUGCUAAUUAUUUUCCUUCUCAUGUAGCAUUCAAACCUACAUCCCAGUAUCCCAGGAUUAUGAAUCAUCUAUUGAUACUUUCUAAUAGCAGAUCGAACUAAUCUGAAAACACUGAUAAUCUCCAGUGAUAAGUUUCGCUCUGACAUGCUAUCUAGUGGAUGUCACAUUCACAAAUAUAUGAUUGUCAUUCAGACAGAGUAUGUGUGGUGGUACUGUAGCACCGCAAAUGUGUUAAAUCAUUGUAAUUCACCCCAUUUUUGUAGUUCUUUUGCUCCCGGCUGCCAUCACCAAGCCAUCUGAUUUGUUCAGUAUUAUGGACUUGUUUACUGUAGAGAUGUGGCAUGAAAUCAAGAGUCGAUCCUAUUUUAGUUCCAGAUUGAAACACUACAAGGAGGGAUAAAUACUUAUGCAUUGUAUUAGUAAAUGAGUUGCUCAUAUAGCUGUUUAGGAAUGCAUUAAAAUAAACGUAGUAAAGGUUUUAAUAUAUUGAUUUAACCUUCUUUUAACAGUUUUAUUUUUUUAACACAGUUUUAUGUACAUAGAUCAUCCGUAUUCACGAAAUCCAAGCUUUAAGAGAUUUCAGACAAUAAUAUUGUUUUGUGUGUACAGUAUGUUUCUGCAGUACCUGAAAUCAAACUUGUACAUCGUAUCGUACAUCAUACUUUAUUUCUUCUUUUUUUUUCUUAAGGUUACAAGGUGAAAGUUGUUUCAUUCCAUCUGUUGAGAUGUUUGUGGUUUUAUGCCAGACUGUUGCUUUAUGGCUCCGCACUGCACAGCAUAAGCCCCGGCACUGCCAAGCUGCCACUGUUGGGCAAUUGAGCAAGGCUUUUAACCCUCCCUACUCCAGGGGCAUUGUAUCAUAGCUCAUAGUACCCCCAAACUCCUCAGUUGGGAAAUGCAAAGAAAAGAAUUCCAUUGUGCUAUAAUGUAUAUGUGGCAAUAAUAAAGACUUAUAUGCCCCAGUUA